GAAGUCGAAAUUUGUUUACAGCCCGCUAGAGGGCUCAUCUCAGUUCACGUCACAUCCGGCGCCAGCUGAUGGAGGGAAGUCAGCGCGGUUUGACUCUUGAGGAGCACAGCUAUGUCUCGGCCUCUGUUUGGUGGUGCACUGUCAGCUGUUAUUCCCCAUAGUGCCCAGGAUGUCAGUGAACUGAGACAGAUCCCCGAUAAUCAAGAAGUGUUUGCUCACUCUCAGACCGAUCAGAGCAUUAUCAUCGAACUGCUGGAGUACCAAAGCCAAGUGCAAGACGCUGAUGCAGCCAGGUAUCAUUUUGAGGAUGUGGCUGCGAGUAACAAGGUGGUGGAACGUGGCUCCUGGGAGGUGAGAGGGGUGGAGCAGGUCCUCCAGUCAGAGCUAUCAAUGCAGGAAUGCAGCUCUGCUUGGCUGCUGUCUGGAGCUCAGCUGAUCUCUAAAUUCAAUGAGGAGGCAAAGAACACUGUGAACAUUCACCUGUGCUUGUUCCGUCUGCCGCAGUAUACCACUGACAUUUUGCUGACAUUCAAUGAUCCUGUGUGUAUCAAUCCCCUCAGCAGCAGUGCCAUUGAAAAUCUGGUUGCUAUACCAUGGACACCACAGGACUUCAAGGGUGUUCUGCAGUCAUUCUGUCUACUUGACCCUGGAGUGUUUGGGUAGAUGCUUAAAGCUCACGUUUAAAUGCAGUUUGUUUCCAUUAAAGGAACACUCCACUUUUUUGGAAAUAGGCUCAUUUCCCCCAAAGUUACUAAGUUGAGUUUUAUCCAUCCAUUUGGCCAAUCUUUGCGUCUGGCGAUAGCACUUUUAGCAUAGCUUAGCAUAGAUCAUUGAAUCCAGUUAGACCAGUAGCAUGGCGUUCAACAAUAACCGAAGGGUUUCGAUAUUGUUCCUCUUUAAAACUUGACUCUUCUGUAGUUAUGUUGUGUAGUAAGACUGGCAGGAAAAUAAAAGUUGUGAUUUUUCUAAGAUGAUGUGACUAGGAACUAUACUCUCGUUCCGGCAUAAUAAGGAAGUUUGCUUCCAUACCAUAAAGAGUCAAGUUUUAAAUAGGAAAAAUAUCAAAACUCUUUAGUCACUUUUGAGAGUGAUGCUGCUGGUCUAAUAGAAUUCAAUGACCUGUUCCAAGCUAUGCUAAAAGAUCGCCUGAAUGGAUUCAAAAAUGGUAACGCUCAGUUUACUCUCUGGGGGAGUUGAAAAUGAGCCUAUUUCCAACAAAAGUUUUUUUUUAUUUCCCCCAGAAGCUUCUACAAUUAUAAAAAUACACGUUUAACAGGAUAAACAGGAAAGACUGGUUAAAACCGUGCGAGUCUGUAUAAAAUAUUUAUUCUUGUCAAGCAACGCUUAGCAGUUGUCUGAUUCAUGAGGCUGUACAAAUAGAGAAUCUUAAUUUGUUGCUAAAAUAAAUACAUUUCUAUUGCUUACACUA